AGUACGAUAGACCAACAGACAUUGCAUUCAGAAGUUCCAUCGCAGAUGCUCUUAACCGUUACUGUAAUGCAGAUGAUCAAAGAAGGACUGAGUGUGGUUUACCAGGGUACGUUUGUGAUUUUAUAGUUAUUCGGAUUUUGUGCGUGUCUUAUCGCCAUGAGGCAUGACACGUGAUGCUUUCAACCUCUUUUCAAUGCUUUCAUUUACUUUCAACAUGCAUGGUUACAGAUUGAAAUAUCCUUACAAAUAUAACCAAUAAAGGCUUACGAUUCAUGUCUAUCUAACGCAUAUCAUCUAUUCAUGAAAAUGUUGUUAUAGUUCAAAGAGAAAGACGCCGUGUAUAAGUUGCUCAUUAAGUCCAUUGCUUCAUUUAAUAUAGGCAUGGGAUUCUAUUCUCAGAGUCUAAUAUCUUCCGCCUACCUAAUGAAACGAUUCAAAAUAACGAUGACCUUUUAGUAUCAUAUUACGGAAUUUAUCCCAGUGGAAUUCAACGUAUCGAUCGUGUUCCUGUACCUCGAUCUGUACUACUGAGUGCUUUGAAUGACAGGCUGGACGCAAUUGUGGCUUCUACUGGAGUAACUGCAAUAAUCGAAGGUCAGUUUGUCGAGUAAUUCCUAAUCCUUGCGAUCCUAACCCUCAUCCUAUACCCCCUAUGUUUACAAAUAAACUUACUAGAUAUAAGACUGUGUACCAAAGCAAAUUACGUAAUUUACAGGCAUUUCUUCAUGAAAACUAUUCCAUAUUAUAAUUAUUAAUUCGCCUAUAAUUAACAUGCAAUCUAUUUGAAUUGUUCUCUGUAAUACAUAAUAAUGCAAUGAAUCACCACUACAAGUAUUAGUGAAACAAAAACCUGUUCCUAAAAAAGUCUGUUGUUGGAAGUAUGAGGAAAUGAAAGUCUGGAAGGUUUACAAGAAAACAGUUUCCCUCUUUCUAUGCGAAAAUUUUUUUUAAACUUUUGCUAAGCGGCUGUUUCAACAUGUACUGCAGUACAAGUGAUCAUUUCGCCUAACUGCCACUCAGUUUAGCCUUACGUUGUAUACAUUAUGAUUAAGGUGUUGGAACAUGUCAUUAUAUACCACUGGGGGGAAGUGGCUAUAUACUGAAUGUGAUUUAUAUAGCCGAGAGAAGAAUCGACGUGGAAUUUUUAUUUGAUAUCCCUCUUUGGAGUCCAACUUCGUUUUAAUAGAAUUUGAUGCAACUUGAAUCCCGCAUACUGAUUUUGAGUUACCAUUACAACUGUUGCAUAAUAUUCUUUGCGUUCCCAAUUUUUAGACAUUGACGAAUGUCAAAUGAAUAUAGAUGGCUGUGGGCAAUUUUGUACUAAUAUACCAGGCAGUUUUGUCUGUUCUUGUCUCAUGGGAUAUCAACUAGAUAACGACAAGACUACUUGUAUUGGUAGGUUCUUUCAACUAAUAUCCUUGUAUUAAAUAUCAUUGUAAUGUCAUUUUGAAAAACCGUCGAUGCGCUGACUACUUUAUAAUUCCUUCCUGUUUAAUCUGACUAUUUCGCGUUGAAAUUUCCCAACAUUGCGAUACCAAAAUCCCAACUUGUUCAUGCAUGCAAAUUGAAUCAUUUCAGUUUAUUUUCAAUAUGUUUACAAGAAAUUUUUAAAGAGAAUACCCGCAGUAAAACUGAUCAUUUUUAUCAUGACUUUUUUAAGUAACAACUUACUAUUUUUAACAUUAUUAAUUAAUUAUUGAUGAAAUUUAGACUUCGCUAGUGCGUUCCUUUCCCCGGGUGUAAAUAGCCGGGUACCCUCGCGCCGUUGGCUCGGGGAUAAAGAAAUUUAAGGCCAAUGUUCUCGGAAAUUGCAAAUAAUCAGAAAUCCUCGCUGCCAUGGUUGGAAAGCAUCUUCCCUCACCCGUACUUUCGUUUUGCGUUACAUUAUAUAUUAGGACCCUUGUGAACCCCGGGUACGAGGUUGUCAUGAUCAGGGGGCUCCAAUCCCGCCAAAACCUCUGUAUAAAAAAUUUUUCCGUGAAGUGCAACGUCAUGCAUUAAAGGUUAAUGCAAAAAUUAGUAGCAUGAUGCUAAUAAUAAUAAUAAUAAUAAUAAUAUAAUAUGCUCCUCAGACGCCAGCAAAUAAAUGACUGAAAAUGCCCUGAAGUUGCUAGCGCUGUUUUGGGACAAAAACGAUAGAUGAAAUCGACUAAAUUUGAAACACUGUCAUAUAUUCAUUUGCUUCCAGAUAUCGACGAAUGCUCUGCACAAACACAUAACUGCAAUGAUACAGGAACCGGAGAGAUAUGCCGCAAUAUCCCAACUAGUUUUGUCUGUGAAUGUAAUAGAACGCUUGAUCUUGGGCUAGUCAACGGUAUUUGUCAAGGUAUGUAUAUAGUAUACAAAGAAAGAGUGUAUGAAUGAAGUUGGCUAUAUAUAAAGAUGUGGCAUCCCCGUGUUAAAUAAUCAGUACCAAAGUAUUCAAUCAUUGUUUUAAUUAACGAAUUGUUCGCAUUUUAUCUGUUUUACCACGUAAUUCAUUGGACACGGCUUUGCUUAUAAACGAGGACUGCAUGAAUGGGCUUAAUUUUGCAGGUUUUAUUAUUGUAAGGUUAUAUCAUCAUUUGCGCUUCCACGUAAUCUUUUUGUUAAAUUUUAAUAUAGCACUCAAUGGAUCACGAGAACCGCUACCUGAGUCACGUAAUGCUACCACGAAUCAAACCGACAGUGCAGUUGAAUUUACCAUACCCAAUUUCCAAACAGAACAGGUAUGCAUAGCCUCCUCCGCAGGCCUCUCUAUGGGCUCCACCACCCGAUUCCUCGGGUGAGCUGCCUGCGGAGGAGGCUAAGGUAUGCACGGGCUUAUAAAAUAAACCGACACCAUGCAUUUCACUUUCUAAACCACGCGGGAAAAUACUUUAAGGCAGGUCAGAAAAACUUAGUCGAAACUUCGUGUUUAAUUUCCUCGAGGGCUUACAUCCACGAAAUUUCAGCCAAAUUCAGUGCUUCAGUUUAAGUCCCCUAACUUCACGCAAACCUACAUAUUUUCCUAAAAAAGCCUUUUGCAUGCUUAAUUAAUGCCUUUACCUAAUUUGCAUAUUUCAGCAAUAUGCAAAUUACGUAAAGGCAUUAAUUACGCGUGCAAAAGGCUGAUUUUUUAGGGGAAAAUGAAUAGUUAAAGGGCUUAAACUAAAGCAAAUUGUCUGAAAUCUUGCUCAGUAAUUAAAAACCCAACACAUGUUCUAUCCAUUAACUCAAAAUACGAUUAAAGUUUUUAAAUUUCGUGCGCAAGCCAUUUUUAGUUUGUUGGCUUAUAUAUGUAUAUAUAUUUUACAUGUUAUACGUAUAGCUUGGGCAAUGAAAUUCUAUUGAUAUUACGAAACUUUGAUGCGCUUUAGUAGCUAGUUACGUAGUAAAUUAAUCUUAUCGCCUAUAUAUGCCUGGGCAUGGGAUCAUUAGACAUUAGCUUGGAAAAAUCUGACACUUUUUGUGCUUGUAAUCCACUGACGUAAACAUUUUUUUAAUUUUAUCUGAGAUAUUUUGUUUUAAUUACAGUAUGAUGGACAAACAGACGCUCAAUUGAGAGCUGCGAUUGCAGAGGCUCUUAACAGAUACUGCAAUGUGGAUGCUUCGAGAAGAGCUGAAUGCGGUCUGCCGGCGUAAGUGUUCCAGUCGUCUAGAGGGUUGAUUAGAGAGUUGAGCUCAUAGGGUCGUGCCGCAAAGACAUAACGGCCAAACAGUCGUCAAAAUAUGAUAAUGAAUUGAUUAUGAUAAUAAAAUUAAAGAUUGCAUUACAAUCCGAAGUGCCCGAAUUAUAAAUACGAUGUAACUUCCACUGUUGCACACUACUUACAUGUAUAGUGAGGACGUUGUCGUACAAGUGUACAAGACAAGAAAAUACCUGCAAAACGUCCAUCCGUUUAUUGAUUUUAUCAUAUUUUCUACCGAUCGAGGCAUUUUAUUAUGCCGUUGGUCGUUGUCUUCGUAUUCGCUUUUUUACCGUACUAUAUCAUUAAAGUGGAAGUCAAGUCCGUUCUGCGCAUCGGUUCUGCUCAUAACAAUGUGAGGAUCCUCUAAUGUAAACAUUGCCCAAAUUUCGAAUGUUUCGAAUUUUUCUGAACAUAAACUUUAUUUCAUAUUCAUUUAGAAGCAUAGCGAACCAAAAUGGUGUUAGAUAUUCAGACAGUAUACAUCAUAUUUUAAAAAAUACAGCAGUUCAAAAUGUAAACAAACGGAUUUAAAAACCAUUUGUUUACAUACGGACUUGAUUUCCACUUUAAUUAAACAGUUUAAACUCCAAAAGACCAGGAGCCUGGUAUUAUUUGGUCAGUCUACCUCAACUGCAGUUCUGGUAUGUAGUAUUUCAAACCCUGAACAUAUUUAAUUUAUAUUUCAGAUCUGGAUUUGUAUUUACUGAACAAAAUGUUCAUCGAAUACCAACAGAUCCAACACAGGAUGGUGGUAACACAUCGGUAUCAUUUUACGCUUUAUAUCCAAAUGGUGUGCGUAAUGGAACGGACAUUCCAGUUCCAAAACAGGUGUUGUCAGAGGCAAUAAGGGAAAAUUUGGAUAAUAUCCGAGCUUCAACAGGGUUAGAUUCGUUAUCGUUGGCUGAAGAGACAGCUCCAAGCGACGACGAUGAACCAAUUGACGACGAUGAACCAAUUGACUGGCCCCUUGCACUUGGUCUUUCAUUAGCAGGAGCGUUGUUCUUGGUGAUGGCUGUUGGCGUAGCUUGGAUGUAAGUAUAUUAUAAAGAAGUAUUUGAAUCUAUCCGAGAUCGUGUUAUAUAUAUGCAUCAUUAUAAUUUGGUUUAAAACAUUUGUAAUUAGGAUUUUACAGCUUCGUAAUGAAAAGCGAAACCAAACCAGAUGAAUUUACAUCCAUUUCUUACUCACGUUUGUAUACUUCCAUGGUGCCAACUCGUUGCUGAGUUUGCAUGCUUCUCUACCUUUCGUUAUAUUUUCUUAUUGUGCAUGUGCUUUAAUUCUUAUACCUUGUGUUUACCCCCACAAGCGCUUGACGGAAAGGUUUUAUGGUUACUCAUUGAUUGUAACGAAGACAUACAAUUGAACUAUGGAAAUAAUUGUUCUAAAGGAAAAAUCACUUUUAUAAUUUAAGGAUGCCAGCUAUAUGCUACAUGCUCAUUAAUUGAUCGGGUUAUAUAAACCGCAUGAAAUUAACCAACUUACAAGUUAAACUAACUUACCUUAUUGCGUUUGUUUUCAGAUGUUGCUGUAGAUCCAGAGCCAAAAAACCUCACCGUCCUCGACGAUUUGUGUACGAUGCCUAUCGCCACCGACCAAAUCGUCGUUUAAAUGUUGCAGAUUUAGAACCAAGCUUUGGUACAUUCCAUUCAAUGAGUGGUGAAACUUAUUCAGGAUUUGACGAAGACGGUCUACCCGUAGACAUACAAACGGAUUAUGAUGGAUUAUCUCGGCAAGCACGCACAGUAUCACACAUCCCCACUGCUACUGGAUCACGUGCAAGUUUAAGAUAGAGUUGAUAGUCUGUAUAUGCGCAUGCGUAGCUAUUCACAGUAGUUGUUCACAUGAUCAAUAAACGAUGAGACGAGAAUGUAACAUUGUGAUACUAUAAGGUAAUUAAUUAACUAAAACACAUCCAUGGAUCGACAGUAUAGGACACCAGACACUGGUGCCGCAAAUAUAUUUAUUAACGCCUUUAGAGGUAUGGGAAAUUUAUCUGGAUAUAUGGUAGUUAUUUUUUCUGCUAUACGAGCUUUUUCGAUUAUUGAUCCUGUAAACAAUCGCCUGAAAGUGAACUACUAAAAUAUUCUACGAAUUUAGAUAUAGUCAUACUGCACGCCACCUUUUAUUUCAAGGUUUUAUUAUUCUAACAAUAUAUAUAAUUAUAUAAUUACUCAUAUCUAAGUUUACGGCGCAAAAACACUAAUUUAUAGCUCCUCUUAGUUAUUUAAUCAACAUAUGCCAGAUCUAAUGUGGGCAGAAUUACAAAAAAUUUCAAUUACAUAAUUAAUAUCAAGUGUGAGACACAAUCAUGUUCUGGUUCCCUUACGAUGAAAUAAGCCCAACACCAAGUGGAAAGAAACAGUGUAGUGAGUUUUCAUGUGACGUCACGGCGGCCAUGUUGGAGGGCAAGUAUCGACAUUCAAUGGAGUGAAUAAAGG